ACGUUCAUUCAUAGCGUACACAUCCUUACUUAAUCCCUCUCAAAAACGGAGACAAUUAAACCAGGGUGUUUUCGGCACUGCGAGGUGGUCGUGUAAACAAAUAUGUAACCUCGUCAGAAAGAAGAGAUACGAAGACAUUUUUUGAGACACAGCGAUUCGAAGAGCGCCCGAGCUGCCGCACCUGGUAGUUUUGCUGUAUCUUUUGCCUACCACUUUAAAGUUGUUGAAAUUCGGGGCUUGGCUUCUAUAUCACGGAUCACAGAAUGUGGACAUCACACACCAGGCUAUAACGGGCUGUAAUUGACUCCACUGCACAGCCCCAAUCACGCGCCAGACUUGCGCACGCGGAUAUCUCCUCUGCCUGAUUUCAACUGAUGCUCUAUGCGUCUCGGGUGAAGUUGAACGAAAGCGGACAUUCUAAUUAUAUCAGUAAUUCGCAGAGGUAUAUUGCUAUACUGCGGUGGACAAAUGGUCUUUCUCUGGGACUCCAAAUACGACCACCCCCCCGGUCGGCGCUUCACUCCCCCAUCCACCACCCUCUCAUCUGGGAAGGUGAGCGAGGGCUUGCCCCUGGGGGCCCAGGACAGCAGUGGCGCUGCACUGGUGAGCAAGCUGCGCAUGGCGGACAGGGGCAUGGUGGAGGUGCUGUCAGACCACCCGGGAGAGCUGGUGAGGACGGACAGCCCCAACUUCCUGUGCUCAAUCUUGCCCACUCACUGGCGCUGUAACAAGACUCUGCCCAUCGCCUUCAAGGUGGUUGCCCUUGGAGACAUCCCAGAUGGUACCUGUACGGUGAUGGCAGGCAACGAUGAGAACUACUCAGCUGAGCUCCGCAACGCUACCGCCGCCAUCAAGAACCAGGUGGCCCGCUUCAACGACCUGCUCGUAGGCCGCAGUGGACGAGGGAAGAGCUUCACUCUGACCAUCACGGUGUUCACCAACCCCCCCCAAGUGGCCACCUACCAGAGGGCCAUCAAGAUCACCGUGGAUGGGCCCCGCGAGCCACGACGCCACAGGCAGAAGCUCGAUGACGUAAAGCCAGGCGCGCUGGCCUUCUCUGAGCGCCUGAGCGAGCUGGAGCAGCUAAGGCGGAACACCAUGAGGGUCACGCCCCCUCACCACCACCACCACGCCCCUACGCCAAACACCCGGCCAGCCCUCCACCCCGCCCCUUUCACCAGCCCCUCCCACUCACAGAUUCCAGACUCCAGGCAGAUGCAGACCUCCCCUUCCUGGUCCUAUGAGCCGUCCUAUCCCUACCUGGGUCAGAUGACCACGCCCACCAUCCACUCCAGCACGCCCAUCUCGCCCAGCCGCUCGUCUCUGGGUGACCUGCCCAGCCGCCUGUCAGGCCCUGACCUCACCGCGUUCGGUGACCCCAGGAUGACCCUGGAUCGGCCCUUCUCCUCCCUGCCCUCGCUCCCAGACGGACGCUUCUCCGACCCGCGCAUGCACUAUCCCCCCACCGCCGCCUUCACCUACACCCCCACCCCCGUCUCCAACAGCACCCUGGGCCUCUCCAUGGCAACCGCCAUGGCGUCAGCCCCCACCGGCCGCUACCACACCUACCUCCCACCGCCCUACCCGUCAAACACCUCUCAGGGCCAAGGUGGACCCUUCCAGACCAGCUCCUCUCCCUAUCACCUGUAUUACAGCAAUGCGGCCGGGUCAUACCACUUCUCCAUGAUGGCGGGGGGAGGUGGAGAUCGCUCGCCUCCGAGGAUCCUUCCACCUUGCACCAACGCAUCCACGGGCUCCGCCCUCCUGCACCCGUCUCUGCCCAAUCAGAAUGAUGGUGUGGGCGUGGAGGCAGAGGGAAGUCACAGUAGUUCACCCACCAAUAUGGUGGCAGAGGCAGUGUGGCGGCCAUAUUGAAAGUGGCUCACAGGCAGAAUGAUGAUGGACAGGCCUGCUGGUCAAUGAGAGGGGAAAGGUUACUUUUACCGGAGGUUUCCUAUUGGACAAAUCAAGGAUGAACGUAUAGGCGGGAACCAAUUACAGGGUGCCAUUUUAUACUGAUAAGCAUGAAGCAAUGAACAGGACUGAAUUCAGCCGCGCUUGUUUUUCUAAAGGGGUUCUUAGCCAUUCUUAUGAUUGUUGUUGAUAUACCGUCUUUGCUCAAGCCAAACGCUGUCGUGACUCUCGUGUGUGCCACGGUCUUCCUUCAACCCUACUCAGUUUCCCAUGUGAGACUAGCACUGUCAACACAUGGUUAGUGACUGCUGCCACGUGUGGCUCUCUGGACAUGGACAUGUAUGCACUGAUCUUACAUCAGCUGGUUUGCUGGAUUACCGUAGUUGGAGAGGGAAAAAUGCAGGUUCAACUGUUCCUGGGUCAGAGUUUAAGGUCAUUAAAGGCUCUUUCUUUGUCCAGAGGUGCAGAACUGUUACCCACAUACAGUCGGCUUGUCGCAGGCCAUUCAUUGAAUGAUUCCUUAAUUUAUUUAUUUCACAAUGUCUUUAUGGUUCCGUAUCUCAUGUCGGUUGUCUGCGUGUGUGUGCAUGUGUGCGCCAGCGCGUGCAUGCGUGUGUGGGUGUGUCUUCAGAGGGAGGUCGAGAGGAUGCACAAGACUCAUGAAUCACCUCCAUGUGUAAAUAACAUUCGACCGUAAAUGACACUGUUGAUGUUUAGUGAGGUCAUCAACUGCCACCCACAGUUAUUUGUAAUAUGUAAAGUAGCGUCAUAUACACAUUUUCUCACGUUUCAUUUUGUUUUACUUGAUGAAUAUAAAUAUUGUUGUGAA